UACAGUCCAGCCGUGCUGCAGUAGGAGAGUGUGCGAUCGUGACCUCUCAAUGGACCAUUACAUAAUAGAUUUAUGUUUUCAUUAGGUCUUGCUGUCUGUUAUUCAUUGUCAAGUCCACAGGGUUCACGACAGCGCGCUCUUCGCCAUCCGUCAUGUCCCGGGGGCUUGAUCACGAGAUCUGAGGCUGCAGACGAAAACUUUCUACCUGCCAUUCUUUAAAGAAACGAAAGCAAGUCGACAUGAUGCUCUGAUGAAACAUAUCGGUUUCAGGACAUCCUGCAUCCACACUGUCAAAACGAGUUUGGCUUCCUUGUGGUUUGUGUCGUUUCUUCCUAAAAGCGGAAGUUACAUUCUGGGUUAGAUUGGCGUCGCCGCUGUUGUUCAUAAGGACAGGUUCCUGUUUGUCAGACCAUGGCAAAUGAGCACUCUCCUCUUCUUGUUCACGGGGUGUACAGCAUGAUGGGUGAUGCUGAAGAUUCCAGGGGUGGAUCAGCAGUGGCAGGAGAGGAAUCCCCCAAAUCAAACCCCCGAAAACUCAACACCUUCUUCGGCGUCAUGGUGCCCACCAUCCUCUCCAUGUUCAGUAUUGUGCUCUUUCUUCGCACAGGUUUUGUUGUGGGUCAUGCCGGUCUCCUCCAUGGUCUGCUCAUGCUGUGUGUGGCCUAUUUCAUCAUCUCGUUGACAAUCCUGUCUAUAUGUGCUAUUUCAACUAAUGGUGCGGUGGAAGGGGGCGGGGCCUACUUCAUGAUUAGCCGUUCUCUCGGACCAGAGUUUGGAGGCAGUAUCGGCCUGAUGUUUUACUUGGCGAAGGUAUGUGCAUGUGGUGUUUAUGUACUCGGCUUGGUGGAGGCCAUACUGGACAUCUUUGGGAAGGAUCAAGACUCUGCUGUGUCACAGGGGCUGCGUGUGUUGCCGCAGGGCUACUGGUACACUGUGUUGUAUUCAUCUCUAGUGCUGUUGCUGUGUCUGGUGGUGUGUCUGGUCGGUGCUCAUAUCUACGCCAAAGCCUCUUUUAUCAUUCUGCUGGUGGUGACGGUGUCACUGAUCUCUAUCAUCAUCAGCCCCCUGAUACUCAGUCCACAACACUUCAACAUCACACACACAUACGGCAACAACCACACUGUCACUGUCAACCCCAGCUACACAGGCUUCAACGGCACUACAUUAAAAAACAACCUUGGACCGCAGUACUCUCUGGACUACAGUACCAACACCAUGAUGUCUUUUGCCACUGUAUUCGCUGUGAUGUUCACCAGCUGCACAGGCAUCAUGGCAGGAGCCAAUAUGUCGGGUGAGCUGAAGAACCCCAGUCAGUCAAUACCUAAAGGGACCAUCAUGGCGGUGUCAUACACCUUCACUGUCUAUGUGCUGCUUUUCCUGCUCCUGAGCUCCACCUGCGACAGGUUGUUGUUAAUCAAUGACUACGCAGUGUUUCAGCGUGUGAACAUUUGGCCUCCAUUCGUGACGAUUGGGGUGUACUGCGCGUCUCUCUCAGCUGCUAUGUGCUCCAUGAUAGGAGCUUCUCGAAUCCUCCACGCACUUGCUCUGGACCAGCUUUUUGGCCUGCCUCUGGCUCCAGCUGCAGUAACAUCCAGCUCUGGGAACCCGUGGGUUUCUGUGCUCUACACCUGGGGUCUGGUGCAGUGCACACUCUUUGCAGGACAGCUGAAUGUGAUUGCUGGUAUUGUGACAGUGUUUUACCUGUUGGCGUAUGCAGCGGUUGAUUUGGCCUGUCUGGCUUUGGAAUGGGCUUCUGCUCCAAACUUCAGACCAACAUUUCAGUUUUUCUCUUGGCACACAUGUUUGUUGGGUAUUGUAAGCUGUGUGGUAAUGAUGUUCGUGAUAAACCCAGUGUACUCCUCGGCCAGUAUUGUACUGCUGCUGCUCCUUCUACUGUUCCUGCACUACCGCUCUCCCACCAGCAGCUGGGGCUACAUCAGCCAAGCGCUUAUCUUCCAUCAGGUGAGGAAGUACCUUCUGAUGUUAGACUCCCGUAAGGACCAUGUGAAGUUCUGGCGGCCUCAGGUCUUACUGAUGGUGGCAAACCCACGCUCCUCCUGUCAGCUCAUCUGCUUUGUCAACCAGCUGAAGAAAGGAGGGCUGUUUGUUCUUGGGCAUGUGCAGAUCGGAGAUCUAGAUGUGUUGCCAGCAGACCCGGUGCAGCCGCAGUAUAAUUUCUGGUUGAGUCUGGUGGAUAAGUUGGGUGUAAAGGCCUUCGUGGAUCUGACUCUUUCUCCGUCUGUCAGACAAGGCACUCAACAUCUGCUCCGCAUCACUGGACUAGGAGGCAUGAAGCCUAACACUCUGGUCUUGGGCUUCUAUGACAACUGCUAUCCAGAGGACUACUUCCUGCAGGACCCUGUCUUUUGCGAGGGUGACAGGGGUGAGGGGGAUAAUUUCGGGGUGGACCUCCCAUCCUUACAGGCUCAUUUUCAACCGGUGCGCCAUGCCGAGAGCCCUCGUGCUCUGCAGCCUGAGGAGUAUGUAAGCAUCAUCCAUGAUGCCAUUAAAAUGGGAAAGAACGUUUGUUUAGGCCGCUACUUUUUCCAGCUGCCGCCUGAGAGUAAAGGCAUAAGGGGAAAUGACAACGUGGACACCAUUGACGUUUGGCCGACAAACCUACUGUCCCCAGGCAGUGCCAGUUACGCAGACGUGUCCAGUCUUUUCAUGCUUCAGAUGGCGUGCGUCUUAAACAUGGCCAACAGGUGGCGCCGUGCGAGGUUACGUAUUUAUGUUUGUGUCGAGUCAGAAUCGGGAGACCAGGGCUGGCUGGCCAAAGAAGAGCAAUUUAGGGAGUUGCUGGGAAAGCUGAGGAUUCGUGCAGCUAUUAAGAUUGUGCCAUGGGAUAACGUGGCACGCAUGUUUAGAGGGCCGAAUUCGGAGGGUCAGAAAGUGUCAGAGGACUUCCUGUGUGGCGUGAAUGCCCUGCUGAAGGAGCACAGCUCGACGGCGGCAGUCCGCUUCCUGUAUUUGCCCAACCCUCCCUCCAGUUCUGAGCUGUCGCAGCAGUACCUGACACAGCUGGACACGCUGACGCGAGACCUGGGCCCAACUCUCUUGAUUCACGGGGUCACACCAGUAACAUGCACUGAGCUCUGAGAAACAAUAACCAAAAUGUAUUCUGAGUGGAACACAAGUGUGUUUGAUUCCUAAUAUUGUCAAAUGGCGGGUGGUUUUGAGGACCAUACAUCAUUAAGUGCUCUUGGUAAAAAUGUUAUUUAAAAACAGAUGAAUGGAGUUUGUGUUAUUGGUGAAAACAGUUGUGUUUUGGGUUUAUGGGUGAAUACUGCCGAAUCAUGAUGUAGCGCACAGUUAUUUUUAUGUUGUCUGUGCGCCUCUCAUUAAGUUUAGUGUUGGUGGAAAGGGAGUGCUUGCUUAUUCUGUGAUCCAUGUUUAUGUGUUUGUACACAAAAAAUAAUGGUGACUAAUCAGGAUGGAAAGAGUUUGUCCUUAAAUGAGAUGUGGUUACAGUUGGCACAGUAAUAGGGCAAAGUAACUGCGUACUUUUUGUUAGAUUUUUCUUAUUGUAAUGCACUGUUAAAGACUUUUGUUAAUCAUUUCUGCUUUUCAAACCCUUUGAACCUCUUGUGACCUAUUUAGAGCUUGUAUGCCGUUGAGGAGUCCUCGUGGGUUUGUAUCAUUGUUGGUGCAGUUACAAAACUGCUGCUCUUUCCGUUUAGAGCUCUUGCGUUGGAUUUGUGCAUUUAUUGGCCAAUUAUAGACAGGUUGUGUUAUUUAUUAUUGUUAUUAUUUCAUUUGUGUGUGUGUAUGAAAAGGUAGAGAAACAAAGUCUUUGGACCUGGAUUGCAUAUUGUGGGCCAUUUCAUAUUUGUUUUUACAUCCUGUUGAUUUUGUGUUUCUUGCAGUUUUUACAGUUCAAACGCUCUUUGUGCUUAUGAUUAUGCCGACUAGGAACCUGGCGUCUGAUUGGUCAGGGCUGAAGAUUGUUUUGUUAAGACUGUGCUGGUCUAUGUAAACUGAAAAGGGACACUGGCUAAAAUAAUACUUGAAUAUUUUGCACAUUUGUGCGUGUGUUGUUAAGCAUUAGGGAUGUCAGUCUGUUAUCAUAUCUGUAAUUGGAGUCUUGUGCUAAAUAAUAGAUGUGUGCAAGUAAUUCAUUCUGUACAUUUAUUAUAUAUAUAUAUAUAUAUAUAUAUAUAUAUAUAUAUACAAAACUAUUUUAACAGUGCUUUGAGUAUGCAAAAAUUGCUUCACAAUCCAGUUUCCAUAUAAUCUGAAUUAUUUAAAAAUCAUUACGGUUCAUUGUUACAGGUAGGAUGUACUGUGGUUCCCCAGCACCAUAUACAAUAGCUCAAUCAUAUGAUUGAAAUGUAGAGUCUGUAAACAGAAGACUUUGAUUAAACAAAAUAUUUCAGUCUUA